UCUGAGAAUCACGUGUCGCAUGGUUUUGUUUAUGUUGGAAUUGCGCGGGUAUUUCCCGACAAAUUUGGAACUUUGCUGUCUGACAGAGUCAGAAACUCAGGAACAAGCAACACGAGUUAGAUCUAUCGUGAUAUACGAUGUCGAAGUACAAGAUUAAGAUUGGCAUAAUUGGUGGAACUGGCCUUGCAGACCCAAAAUUGUUGGAGGAUCAGAAGGAAGUUCAUGUCGACACACCAUUUGGAAAACCGUCAGAUGCACUCAUUGAAGGAAAGAUAAAAGGCGUUGAUUGUGUCUUCUUAGCAAGGCAUGGCCGCAAACACACAAUUAUGCCAUCUGCUGUAAAUUACAGAGCAAAUAUUUGGGCUCUUCGGGAGGUUGGGUGUACUCACAUACUUGCUUCAACAGCAAGUGGCUCCUUGAAAGAGGAAUUACAUCCUGGGGACAUAGUUGUAUUAGAUUCAUUUAUUGAUAGGACCCAAGGAAGGAAGCAGACCUUUUAUGAUGAUACAUCAAAGUUAGCUGUUGGGAUCUGUCACCUCCCCAUGAAUCCUGCGUAUUGUCCUGUAACUCGGGAAGUUGUUUUGAAGGCUGCACAGGAUCUGAAAAUUCAGUGUCAUCCUACUGGGACAUCCUUAUGCAUUGAAGGUCCUCGUUUUUCUUCUCUUGCAGAAAGCAAACUUUUUCGAACAUGGGGUGCAGAUUCAAUAAAUAUGACCACUGUACCAGAGGUUGUUCUUGCUAAGGAAGCUGGUCUGUGUUAUGUUGCAAUUGCCCUGAUCACAGAUUAUGACUGUUGGAAAGAAACUGGUGAGACUGUGUGUGUUGAAGAUGUUAUGAAGACAUUUAAAAAAAAUAUUGAGAAAGUUGUGAAUUUAAUCUCACAUUCAGUAACACUAAUUGCUCAGCAUCAGUGGGAUAAGACUAUUGAUGGAUUACGGGAGACUGUCAAGAAUAGUAUCAUGCUACCUCAUUGACAGUAAGCAUUAUCAAAGUUAAAAGUCAGAAGAAAUGAAGUAUUAUGCUCAGCGUUAUGCCAUUGGUCUAAACACUGAAGAAAUAAAGAUUUUUUUUUUUUUUUUUUUUUUUUUUUACGUUUAAAUAGCAAUAAUUGUAACAAUGUAAACAUUCCUGUUAUAUUUUGUAAUUUAGAUAUGGAUUGUGAACAUGUUAUGGACAAAUGUGUCCAACAAGAAGGGAAUGAACGAGAAUGUCAGAUCAUCAUUUGUCUUACUAAGAUUUUCUUAGGUAGGAAAUAAUACCCACAAAAUGUGCAUUUUUAUUAUUGUGGAUUUUUUAAUGCCAACUUGUACUUUUCAAUAGAUCAGUCUUGUGUGGUUGGAAAUAAAGGGUUGAAAGAUAA